AUGAACGGUGGUCUUAAUGGGAUGCCCAAGCGGCCCAACUUUCUCUUUAUCCUUGCCGACGACCUUGCAGUACAGCUGACCAUAUCGUGCCAGGGUUUCUCCGAUAUAGGCUGCUAUGGCGCCGAGAUUCACACUCCCCAUAUCGACCGCCUGGCCGCCGAGGGCAUCCGUAUGCUAAAUGUCCAUGCCGCUGCGGCUUGUUCGCCCACACGCGCAAUGCUCCUUAGUGGGACUGACGCGCACCUCGGUGGGCUUGGCGUGUUGAUAGAAUACAAGAAUAGCGAGAAAGGGGCAAGGCGAUGGUCCGGUAAAGCAGGGUACGAGGGAUACCUGAACAAUGACGUGGCGACUUUGCCUGAGAUCCUGACGGAUCAUGGAUAUUUCACCGUCAUGUCGGGCAAGUGGCAUCUGGGGUUGCGUGCCCGCCAGGGGCCUUGGGAACGUGGUUUCCAGAAGGCCUUCGCUAUGCUUCCCGGGUGUUGCAAUCAUUACGGUUGGGAACCAGUGAAGGAAUCCUUCCCGGUUGGUGGUCGGCCUGUUCACGCUGAAGAGGGGAAAAGAGUUGAAAUACCUCCCAACAUGACAGAAGAUCCUGAGGGCUUCUACUCGACCGACUACUACACUAAUCGGUUAAUUAAUUUCCUCGAAGGCCGGUCUGAGGUCGAGGCUUCGAAACCUUUCUUUGCUUUCUUACCGUACACCGCACCACAUUGGCCCUUGCAAUGCCCCAAGGCACAACGUGACAAGUACGCGGGGAUGUACGAUGAUGGCCCAUACGCCUUGAGGGAUCGCCGACUGAAAAAGCUUGCUGAGAUGGGAAUCAUAGACAAGUCCGUUGUCCCGCACAAAGUAGAGACAACCACGCAAGGCGUUGGGGAGUGGGAUGAUCUCACGCCGGAGGAGAAGAAGCUCUCAAGCAGGGCGAUGGAAGCAUACGCUGGGAUGGUGGACUCUAUCGACGUCAAUGUUGGCAAAGUGAUAGAUUACUUGAAGAAGACGGGAGAAUAUGGCAACACGUUUAUCGUGUUUAUGAGUGACAAUGGGGCGGAGGGUGCUGCUUACUGCAUGGAGUAUACACCAGCUGACUGUCAUUUCGCAGCGGUCAUGGGCGAGAACAUAAAACGCGCCAUCCACCAGUACUAUGACAACUCUUACGAGAAUAUUGGCUCCUGGAACUCGUUCACCUGGUACGGUCAGCUCGGUCCGCUUUGGGCUCAAGCGUCAACCGCUCCAUCGAGGUUAUUCAAAUGCUACCCGUCCCAAGGCGGGAUCCUGGUGCCCUGCAUCGUGAAGCCUCCUGCCAGAACCUUUCUGCCCUCAUUCUCUCCCGGCUCCUUUAAUCGUUCUUUUGCAACCGUCAUGGAUUUCGCCCCCACGUUUCUCGAGCUCGCCGGAGUGGGCCUACCCACUGCUUCAGAGAGAAGAAAGCGGACACGCCUGGGCGGAAGCAUUGCUCCACGCAAGAUGACGACUUUUCGAGGAAGAAACGUGCAUGCCAUCCGAGGAAUCUCGUGGGUGCCAUUUUUCUCCCGCGACGAAAGAGUGGAGGACAAUGAGAUGUGGGCAAUUCACUCGUCUUCUGAGCCUGUUGGGUGGGAGCUCUUUGCGCGUGGCGCAUUGCGGAAAGGGGAUUGGAAGAUUGUCCACUUCUCUAAGGAACGGGGAGGUGCAGGCGAAGGCGAUGAGGGCUGGGAGCUUUUCAACGUGGUUGACGACCCGGGAGAAACAAAAAACCUGGCCGAGAUUGAGCCCACAAAACUGCAAGAGCUAUUGGCUUGUUGGGAUGAGUAUGUAAGUGAGUGUGGCAUCGUAUGGGGACCAGUGGCAUUGGCUCCAGGGUUGGGGAAGGACGAUGCUCCAGAGCUGUGGGAAGAUGAGCUAGAAUUGCAAAAGUCGUGGAUGGGAGCUAGAGGAGGAGAAUGUCCUGUGCCUUGUCAAUGA